AUGAGAUGGCGGGAUGAUGGUGUGGACUUUCAUUUUGUUAUUUGCGGGGGUGCUUCAAGAAUAAAGGAGCAGAAGGUCAAGGAAAGUAGUUUGAAGAAGGUGGACAUUGAGAUGGUUUUUGAUUUUUCAGGAACUAUGGAGGAGGUGCAAAUUGCAGAGACAGGUGAUCUUGGAAGGAUAUCGGCGGUGCUGGUGACGGAGGUGGAGGAGAAGAAGGUGGUGCUGACGGUGGAGUGGGAUCCGAAUUAUAGGGAGAAGAAGAAGUUUUCCGAUAUGGAGUAUCAGCGUGAUUUGGGGAAUUUUGACGGAGCCGUUAAAGAAUUUUCAAAAUUCAAAAAUGCAGUAAAUGCUGAGCUGGUGGCGCGAAAUCAGGAUUUGGUUUUGGAAGAUUCAAAUGAAGGUGAGUCAGAAACUGUUAAUGAGUUAGAUGAGUCAGUAGCGGCUGAAUCGGAGAGACUUAAGAUAAUGAAAAUGAGCAGGUGGUUGGUUAAACAAUUAUGGUUUGGUGAUGAUUUUGAUUGGUUGUAUCUUCAUUCUGUGGGGAUCAAUGGUAAUAGCGGGGGGCUUCUUUCAAUUUGGAAUAUCAACAAAAUUGUGAAGGAAGACGAAAGGAUUGGAGUAAUAAUCUUACAGUUGGUUUUUGUUCUAAGGAAUUGGUGGAAUGGUCCAAUAUGCUUUGUUGUGGAUAUGAAUGCAGUAAGAUGUGAUGAAGAGAGGAAUAUAGGAGAAGGAGAGGCUAGAAACAAUGAGUUUCUUAAUAAUUUUAUUACGAAUCAUGAAUUGGUGGAUCUUCCUUUGGUGGGUGGAGCUUUUACUUGGUCUGACAUGCAAGAGGAUCCACUUCUUUGCAGGUUAGAUAGAUUUCUUUUGAGUGUUGAUUUUGAUUUACUUUUCCCAGAUGCAAUUCAGGUGGCACUUACAAGAAUUAUCUCAGAUCAUAAACCUUUGUUGUUAGUGACUAAACCUAAUAUUAAGUCCAAACCUUAUUUCAAAUUUGAGAAUGGCUGGUUGGUGCAUAAAGAUUUUCUCAAAAAGGUGACAGAAUGGUGGGGUGUUUUGGAGUUUAAGGGACAAGCUAGUUUUGUUUUCUUUAAGAAGUUACAUAACUUAAUAAUUGCAAAUGCUAGAAAGAAGAGGAAUAGUAUAUCUAAGCUAGAAGUGGAUGGAGUAGAAAGUUUUGAUCAGGAUGGUAUUAAAGCAAAUAUGAGAAGUUAUUUUGAGACAUUGUUUUUUGAGAGGAAUGAGUUUUCUUUUACUUUGGAUAAUUUAAAUUUUCCAAGCAUUGCAAAGGUGGAGAAAGUUGAGCUGGAGAAGGAGUUUACUGAAGAUGAGGUUUUUGAUGUGGUGAAACAUUUUGGGAAAAACAAAUCACCUGGUCCAGAUGGGUUCUCAAUGGAAUUCUAUAAGGAUUAUAGACCUUUGAGCUUACUUGGCAGUGCUUACAAGGUUUUAUUCAAAGUUUUGGCUAACAGGUUGAAGAAGGUGAUGCAUAAACUAGUCUCUGAGUUUCAGGGAGAUUUUAUCAAAGGGAAACAAAUACUUGAUGGUGUGUUAAUUGCAGGAGACUGUGUGGAUAGCAGGUUAAAGGAAAAAAAAACAGGAAUUUUGUGUAAAAUUGACAUGGAGAAGGCUUUUGAUAAUGUUAGAUGGAGUUCUUUGUUGAGAAUUUUGGAGAAGCAUGGUUUUGGGAGAAAAUGGAUUUCAUGGAUUAGGUGGCGCAUAUCAUCUACACACAUAUCAGUUCUUAUGAAUGGAAGUUCUACUGAAAAGUUUAAACCUACUAAAGGCUUGAGGCAAGGAGAUUCUUUAUCUCCUUUUCUGUUUUUGUUGAUGGUGGAGAUUUUGUCUAAACUUAGAGAUGAUGCAGUCAUGAGAAAACAAAUAAAGGGUUUUGAAGUUUUAGAAUGUGGUAUGAUAUCACAUCUGCAAUUUCCAGAAGAUACUUUGAUUUUUGUCGAUGCUAAGGAGGAAGAGGUAAAAAGAUUGUUGCUUAUACUUAAUUCGUUUGAGAUUUUGAUAGGAAUGCAGUUGAAUUCGGAGAAGAGUACAAUGAUUAAUGUAGGUGCAGAUGAAGUUGUUGACUCUUUGGCUCUGGAGUUGGGUUGUAAGGUGGAGAAACUUGAUUUUAAGUAUCUGGGGCUUCCUAUUGGUGCUACUGCUAGGUGCACUUCUGUUUGGGAUGAAGUAAUUAAAAGAAUGGAGGUGAAAUUAAUUAGCUUCUUGGAAGAAGAAAUUUCUUUCAAAAUCUGGGAGGUUGGUUCUUAUCAGAAGCUGUUUGGCAAGCUUGCAUGUAUUUGUAAGCCAAAACACUUAGGUGGUUUAGGAGUUAAGAACUUGAAGUGUACCAGUAAAGCUCUUAAAGCUAAAUGGAUACGGAGAUAUGCAAAUGAGAGGAAAGAUUUAUGGAGGAAGGUGGUCCAGCAAAAGCUCAAAUAUGGUGAGGAUGUUUGCUUGCCUACUAAUGAUCAUGUUGCUCAUGGGAGAAGUAAUUGA